AUGGGAUCUGAUGUAAGUAAAAUACACCACAUUUGAAUCAAUAUAAUUUAUUAUAUAUACGUAAUAAAAAUCAAUGGAUGUAUGUUAAAUGAGACUUUCAUAUUUGUAAUAUAGGAACCAGAACAGUACAGAAAAUUAUUCAUCGGUGGUUUAAAUUAUACAACCACUAAUGAUUCACUUAAAGAAUUUUUUGAACAAUGGGGUGAAAUAGUUGAUGUUGUUGUCAUGAAAGAUCCCCAAACUAAAAGGUUUAAUAAAUUUGUUUACUAGCAUUAUUAAUUAUGAUUAACCUGUUUAUGUGUUAAAAUUUAGAUCUCGAGGUUUUGGAUUUAUUACUUAUUCACAAUCAUCUAUGGUCGAUCAAGCCAUGUUAAAUAGACCUCAUAAAAUAGAUGGCCGUGAAGUGGAGACAAAGCGGGCUGUUCCUCGUGAUGUAUGAAUAUAUUAUAUUCAGUAUUAUAACUUUAUAAAGAUACCUUAUUAAAAAUAAGAUUAAACCUCUCUGAUAACGAAAACCUGUUCACACACUUCCCCACUAAUUGCACUCGCUCCCUUUGAUGGUACUUGUAUUGAGAAUUAAAGACAUUUAUAGGAGGCGUUUAAACAAAUACUUAGUUGACUACCUUCAGUAAUUCAAUCUGCAUGCUUGAAUCGGAUCUAUCUUAUUUUGAAUAGAAUGGUAGAUAUUAUGAACUUAUAGUAUCAACCCAUGUUGUUUUGUUUGGUUUAAAAAUCUAACCAAUUUUGUUCAAAAUUGUUGGCAAAAUAUUCAGUAGUAUUUUUUUUUUUUUAAAUUUAUUUUUGAGUAGUAAUGUGUAUUCAUCAAAUUAUGCCAUUGAAACAUUAAAUUAUUUUUCUUUGCAAUUUCACAGUUUUGCAUUUAUUUUAUGGUAUAGGCUCAAAGAAUAAUUUCUAUAAUUUAUCUGUAUGUUUGUUUCACACAUAAGAUGGAAUCACCAUCUAUGGCCAUCUUCAGAAUUUUGUACACAGUUAUUGAAAUCAAUUGAAAAUUCAAUGAUGUAUACUUAACAGCUAACCCAACACUUUGUUAAUAUUUCUUAGCCUUAUGAAAAAUACUAUCUAUUGGAUAAUUUUUACUUUUUAAGAUGUAAUUUUCACUUUUUAUGUUAUCUAUGUUUGUUAUAAUUGAUACAAACCAGUGCAUAAAUUAAUAUAACCAUGUGAAAUAUGAUUUUACAAAGUUUUACUAUUAAAUAUAAAUAAGAGGCCAGUUGGAAUACUAACCAUCCCAAAUUAAGUAUAAAAUAAGGUAUUAUAUAUUUUCUGAUAAAUAUUAUUUAUUACUAUGGGUUCUAAAAAUUAUUUUAUAUUUUUAUUUCUAAAUUGUUAAAAAAAGAAACUUACAUCUCUUGAUUAAAAAAAUAUGCAAUAUUUUUUGCCAUAUACUUAGCUAAAGUUCCAAUUUGUAGAAAUGAAAAAUUUGUUAAAUUAUGUUUGAGAAAGUGAUAACAAAUAUUAGUGAUGAACCAUCUUAACAUGUACACUUUAGUGUGUAAUUUCUCUUGAUAAAUAAAAUAGUUCUUUAAUUUUAAGCCACUGGAAAAAAAGAACCUUAUACACAUCUCUCCUUCACAUCAUCUAUAUAGUGAUCAAUGGAAACCUUUAAAAUUCCUUAUUUUUAGAAAAACCCAUAUUUGUGUAGUUUUAUAACUCAAUAAUAAACAAUUUGUAAUUUGUGAAGGUGUAACAGUUUGAAACUGCAUACUAUAAAAUUGUAAUAUCUAUUUUUUUUCUUUGUGUUAAUAGGAUAUUGAUAAACCUGAUAUUGCAGCCACUGUAAAAAAAAUGUUUGUUUCUGGUAUUAAAGAACAAUCAGAAAAUGAUCUUGUAGAAUAUUUUGGAAAAUUUGGUAACAUUACUAAUGUCACAAUCGUAACCGAUAAAGAUUCUGGCCAAAGGAAAGGAUUUGGAUUCAUUGAAUAUGAUGACACAGAUUCAGUGGACAAAGCUGUUUGUUAGUAACCUUAAUUAUUUUUAAAAUUCAACUUAACUAAAUUAUAUGAAUUAUUUUAUCAUAGUAAUCAAAAGUCACCAAGUUGCUGGAGGAAAAUUAGAUGUGAAAAAAGCUAUUAGCCGCAGUGAUGGCGGUGGUGGAGGCCGUGGUGGACGAGGUGGUAGAGGUGGUGGUGGUGGUGGAGGUGGAAACAGAAAUAAUUGGGGUGGAAAUCCACGAAAUGAACAAUGGGGUGGACACCAUAAUAGUAAGUAUAUAGUAUAAUACUAAUUAUCUGAGUGUCUUUACAUUAUUUUGUAUUUACAAUUUAAUUUUGGAUCAAUUUAAUCCAGAGAGAUAGAAUUUUUGUAUAAUUUGUUAAUUCAAUAAUAUUUUGAAAAUAUAAUAUUAUGUUUUUAGGAUCAAAUGGCAGUGGUGGCUAUGGAAAUCCUGGAAUGGGAGGUUAUGGCUCUGGAGGUGGAUAUGGUGGUAAUGCUGGUGGAUACAAUUCUAAUGCUGGUGGAGGAGCAUGGCAAGGCAGUGGAACUCCUCAAGGUUGGGGUAACAAUAAUCCAGCAUGGGGUAGUCAAGGAGGUGGUGGAGAUGGCUGGGGAAAUUCACAACAACCAAGUGUGUUGAUAUAUUUUGUAUACAAUUUACCAACAAUAAUAUUAGCACUAUUGGAUUUUAAUAAUUAAUUCAUUUUUUUUUUUUAAUGUACUCUGCAUAGGUACAAAUUUAAAUCUUCUAAUUUUUGUUAAUAAUCAAUAUUAGGUAACAAUUGGGGCGGACCAAAUCAGAGUUAUGGUGGUGGCGGUGGUGGUCCAAUGAGGUCAAAUUAUUCCUCUAAUCGUACCACACCUUAUGGAAACCCAGGUAGUUGUAUUUAUUAUAUUUAUAUUUUUAUAUUAAUGGUUAGAACAUUAAUUUAACAUCAAUUUAAUUUGCAUAUUUUUAUUUUCAGGAACUGGUAAUGUGAAUGCUGGUAAUGCUGGUGGUGGUGGUGGCUAUGGUCAAAACCCUGGUCGAAGAUACUAA